AUGAGAAUAGUUAGAACCGUCGGUCAAGCCUUUGAAGUUUGUCAUAAAUUGUCGCUGAACACGCCUUCGUCCGUUGAUGACGAUCAAGAAAUAUUAAACGACACGGAAGAUGGGGAAAGCGAAAGAUGUAGCGAAGCUUUCAGCGAAUCCAAAAAGGCGGAUCCACUCGUAGAUUCGAUUAACUGCGAAAUAUUUCCAGGAGAAGAUUCGACUUCGACGCAAGAAGUCGACGGAAUCGUUUCGAAUCCACCACCACCCAACGGUCCGGCGAACCAAAGACCUUUGAGGUUAGACAUGAUUCCUCCGCCACCGAACGCGAGCAAAAGAAGUUCGCCGCUGAACGGAGGAGAAACGUACAUAUCACCCCUCACGGAACCGUUGAAAUCAUCGGGAGAACAAAUUCCAUCGGCGGGCACGCCACUGAGUGCUCACCACGAAAUACAAUUAUUAAAAGAACAAUUGGAUCAACAAUCACAGCAAACUCAAGCUGCUUUAGCUCAGGUGCACCUGCUCAGGGAUCAGCUGGCCGCGGAAACAGCUGCUCGAUUAGAGGCCCAGGCAAGGACUCAUCAGCUUCUCGUUCACAAUAAAGAAUUAUUGGAUCACAUAACCGCGUUGGUGAAUCAUUUACAAGAACAGGAAAGAACACAAAAACCUUUGUCGUCGUUGGGACAAAACGUCACGAUGAUGCCGCAGGUAAGGAAAAAAAAAAAAAUGAUGACGAAAUAUUACUUGAGAACCUCAUUACUAACACGAAUGAUAACGAAUAAUAGCAUGCCUUAA